AGAGAGAGAGAGAGAGAGAGACUAUAGGGUAUAUAGCCUGGAGGUGCGGCAGUAACGUCCUGCCUCCCCGCGCCUAGCUGCCGCUGAGCAAGUUUUGCGCACACACGGAGUUUUGCGCAUCUGGUCGUCAUCAUCAUCAUCAUCAUCGGCAGCAGCAGUUCUUCCUGCUCAGAUGUGACUCAACCAGAGUGGGUAGAGUGCUUCUUCUCGGAGGACUGCUUUGAAAAACGUCUUUAAAAGUCUCUCUCGGGCAGCAGGACAAGCAAAGGCUGAUAUUUUCCUUGUUCGCUGUUGACGCGCGCCUCUGGAUGGAUUGGCUCUUGGGGGUUUGAUCGGGGAAAAGCAGGCGAGGAGAAAACUUUGCUGAAAUUUGUUUGUGCCCUCCGCGGCCGAUCUGGAUGUGAACAGAUCCGCUUUCUGCUCGGAAGAACCGAGUCUCUCUCUGGCUGGUUUUCGGAGGCGCUGUUUGUGCGUUCUGCAUGCAAGGAUCUUUUUGGCUCGCUUGUGAGUCUUCUCUUUCUUCUUAUUGCCGCUCCGUUUUUUCCCCCCGCUGUUCCCCACUUGCGUCAUGACUUCUAGCUAUGCACAUGUAAUGGACAGGCAAGCCUCGAUAUCAAACCGCCUGGAGAGUCCGAUCACGUCUAACCUGGAGAACCUGCAAGCCAAAAAGAACUUCUCGGUCAGCCACCUGUUGGAUCUGGAAGAGGCCGGGGAAAUGGUCGGCACCCAGGCGGACGAGAGCGUCGGGGAGGCGGGGAGGAGUAUGCUGGAGUCUCCGGGGCUGACCAGCGGGAGCGACACGACCCAGCAGGAGAAUGAACAGAUGAACACGGAGGAGAAGAAGAAGAGGAAGCAGCGCAGGAACAGAACCACCUUCAACAGCAGCCAGCUCCAGGCUCUGGAGAGAGUGUUUGAGAGGACACACUACCCCGACGCCUUCGUCAGAGAGGACCUGGCCCGCCGGGUCAACCUCACCGAGGCCAGAGUCCAGGUUUGGUUUCAGAACCGGAGAGCUAAGUUCCGCAGGAACGAGCGCGCCAUGCUGGCCAGCAAAAACGCCUCGCUCCUCAAAUCUUACUCAGGAGAUGUGACGGCGGUGGAGCAGCCAAUCGUACCGCGUCCUGCGCCACGCCCGAACGACUACCUGUCUUGGGGCAGCGCUGCCCCCUACAGCUGGUAUCCGAUGCCGGAGGGGGGGCCAGUGCGAGUGCCACAGAAAAUGCUGCCCUCAGAGAACAACGCCAUGGCCACCUACCCGCCCACCUGCUCCAACACCAACACGUCCCAGGGAAUGAACAUGGCCAACAGCAUCGCCAACCUGCGGCUCAAAGCCAAGGAGUACAGCUUGAACCAGGUGCCCACGGUCAACUGAGAGGAGGAGGAGAGGCUGGGGGGCUCGCGCAGGAGAGGAGGGGACCCUCUCUGCUGCUGGACCCCUGCAGACGGACACCGUCUCCGGGCAUCAUCUGAGGUAGCCUGGAUCAUGAAGUCUCCUCCCCUUCCUCGAGCAGCCGCGAUUGCAUACUUCUACACAUAUAUGCAAAAUGUUGGACACCGAGUUUUGGCAGGAUUUUCCAUAAGCCGCCUUUAUUUUUUAAUUUUUUUUUCAAUUCUCCUGAGCAUCACUGAACUCUUCUUUGUACAAAAAGACAUCUAGAUCGGAUGCUGUAGUCGAAUAUCUGCGUAGUUUUUACAUUUGUAAAUGUGACUGAAAUAGAGGGGCGAGUUUUUUAAAAAUCAUUUUGUUUUAAAUCAGAGAACUUGCUCUCGACCAAGACUCAGUUAUGGACUACGUGGAAUUCCCUUUGUCCCCUUGGCUGUGGUGUUGGAUAAAAUCACACACCAAAUUUGGGAUAAACAACAUUUUUUCCCCUUCUAAAAUCAACAACAAACCGACAAGGACUUCCUCUGACAUUUACGCUUAAAGAAAAAAAAAAAAAAAAGAUAGUUUUGUUUUUCUUUUAUACCACUGCCGAGCAAACAUUUUCAACGCAUUUUGAUUUUCAUGUUAUAGUCCAAUAUAAAGGAGAGGCUAAUGUAUUUCUGAAUCCAAAACCAGUAGAUUCUCUUAAUUUCCUAUGAUAUCCUUUAUUUGUAACAGAAUAAAAACUUGUAUAUGAAUAAAAAUGCAUUUUCAAGCAA